CCCCGGGUUCGGAUCUUAUUCGGGUUUAUUCGGUUUUAUUCGGUUUUACUCGGGUUUAUUCGGGUUUUUUCGACGGUUUUGCUCUGAUACCGGAGUGAGAAGCUGCUGAGGUGAACGAGACGAGAGAAAAGUGAACGAAUACGUGGAGUAAAUUUACUCCUGUUGGCUUUUUACGUGAAUGAAGAGAAGUAUUAAAUUAAUAACACGGGUUUAUAACAGUUUAGCUCGAAGUUUUAGCACUUUGCGUCGUGUUACAUAGCGGUUAUUAAUUAUAAGAAGCUCAGCCUGGGAAAUAUCGCGAGAUUUUAGCGCUUCAUUCAGAAGUAGCGAUUAGAGACGUUCAGUUUGUGAAAUAUCGCGAGAUUUCAGCAUUUCAGUACUUCACUCAGAAAGCGGUGAUUAACCCUAUUCAUCAUGUCCAUGGUUGCCGGGUCGUGGUGGGCCAGUUCCAAUGCAAGGCAGUGACAAACCUAUACCUAUAUACGACACCCCUUCAAACAGAGUGGACAACUGGAGGCUUGCUGGACCAACAUCAGUGCCCAGCCAUACAAAUGCCAGGCUCUUUUGACUGAAAGAUCAGAUCGAGAUCUAGUAGAUCCCUGAUCGCCACAGGCAUCGAGAUGCACGUUAUUAUCUGAUUGGUGUUUACCAGGUAAACAAACACAUUAAUUCCGUCUGUCUGUCUGUCUGUCUGUCUGUCUGUCCACACAGAACUCGGGCGCGUUGGGCUCAACGGCGGGAUGACGGAGUUCCAGGAGAAGCUGAGGCAGCAGCAUGAGAACUCCAUGCACAAAGAGCUGGAGAAGCUCCUAACUACCACCAAGGGGGCAGAAGCGGAGAGCUCCAGGAAAGACUUCGAGGGCUUCAAGCAGCUGUUCCACCGGUUCCUCCAGGCCAAGGGCCCCUCCGUGGAAUGGGCCAGGAUCAACAGACCCCCCGAGGAUUCGAUCCAGCCGUACGAGCGGAUCCGGGCGAAGGCCCUGCCGCAGGGCGUGGCCGCCAGUCUGAACAAGCUGGCGGUGGUGAAGCUGAACGGAGGACUGGGCACCAGCAUGGGCUGCAAGGGGCCGAAGAGUCUGAUCAGCGUCCGGAACGAGAACACCUUCCUGGACCUGACGGUGCAGCAGAUCGAGCACCUGAAUAAAAAGUACAACACCGACGUCCCGCUGGUCCUGAUGAACAGCUUCAACACAGACGAGGACACCAGGAAGAUCCUGCAGAAAUACUCUCACCACCAGGUCAAGAUCCACACCUUCAACCAGAGCAGAUACCCCAGGAUAAACAAGGAGUCCUUGUUGCCGGUGGCGACCAACAUGGGUCUGACCGGGGAGAAUUCGGAGGCGUGGUACCCCCCGGGUCACGGCGACAUCUACACCAGCUUCUAUAACUCGGGUCUGCUGGAUCAGCUGAUCUCCGAGGGGAAGGAGUACGUCUUCGUCUCCAACAUCGACAACCUGGGAGCCACCGUGGACCUGCACAUCCUCAACCACCUGAUGAGCCGACCGGCCGACCGCCGCUGCGAGUUCGUCAUGGAGGUGACCGACAAGACCCGCGCCGACGUCAAGGGCGGUACUCUGAUCCAGUACGACAAUAAGCUCCGGUUGUUGGAGAUCGCUCAGGUGCCCAAAGCUCACGUGGACGAGUUCAAGUCCGUCACCAAGUUCAAGAUCUUCAACACCAACAACCUGUGGAUCAGCCUGCCGGCCAUCAAGAGGCUCCACGAGCAGAACGCCAUGGACCUGGAGAUCAUCGUCAACCCCAAGACUCUGGACGGUGGCCUGAACGUGAUCCAGCUGGAGACGGCCGUGGGCGCCGCCAUCAAGAGCUUCGACCACGCGCUGGGCAUCAACGUGCCGCGCAGCCGCUUCCUGCCCGUCAAGACCAGCUCGGACCUGCUGCUGGUCAUGUCCAACCUGUACAGCCUGGACGCCGGAUCCCUGACCAUGAGCGAGAAGAGGGAGUUCCCCACCACGCCCCACGUCAAACUGGGCAGCUCCUUCACCAAGGUGCGGGAUUUCCUGAGGAGGUUCGAGAGCAUCCCGGACAUGCUGGAGCUCGAUCACCUGACCGUCUCCGGGGACGUCACGUUCGGCAAGCAGGUCACACUCAAGGGCACGGUGAUCAUUAUCGCCAACCACGGAGACCGGAUCGACAUUCCAGCCGGAGCCAUGCUGGAGAACAAGAUCGUGUCCGGAAACCUGCGCAUCCUCGACCAUUGAAACCUCACACACACACACACACACACACCUUUGCACUGUUAGUGUGUGUAUAUCUGACUCUUAGCACCGAACGUUGGAUAUACGAUCACUGACUGAACAGGAUUCCAUCACGAUCGGACGCUCAGACUGUGUGGUCAUGUGAUAACGGCUGUGACGUCCCCAGAAUUAAACUCUGAUAUGCAGCUCCA